GUUGACAUGUUAACCAGUUUAAAUGUUUUUCCAGGUAAAGUCCACACCUUGUUUGAAGGGAAUGAUAAAGGCCAAAUUGUGAUGGUGAAAGUGUCCCCAUCAAGGAUAUAUUGUGUUGUGGUUUUCAAGCUUGGUCGAAUGGAGUUAUGGAACAUUAAAUCUAGACAGCUUGUCAGAGAGAUGGUCAUUGAUGAGCUGAUAAGGCCAUCUGACGUGGAAUGGUACCCAUAUGUUAGUCGUUAUCACAAAGUAAAAAUUAUUAAGGACACCAAUGGACAGGAAAGAAAAAUUGAAAGAUGUAUUUUAAGUGAACAGCUAUUUGUGUGCGGACAGAUUGAUGAGGGCAGCCCUUUAAUGAGGCUCAAACUUGAGGAUGGUAUAAUGUCUGGGGCAACGUGCUUCAAAAAUGAUAUCAUCUUUAAGGAACAGAACCAUAAAGCUGAAAUUAUUAAAAUUUCUUGGAAGAAGAAAAUUGCAAUUCUGGCUGACAAAGUGGGACAACUCUUCCUGAUAGAUUGCAGUACAAAGUUCAAUGAAGCAAAGAAGUUUUCAGACAGACAUGGAAGUAAAGUUGAAGACAUUUUUUUUGCACCAGGAAAAAAAAAUAUGACAUUUUUGGUGAAAUAUUCCAACAGUGUUGAUAUCUGGGAAAUAGCUGAUGAUGAAAAGCCAGAGUUGUUGACUUCAAGCCCAAUGUUACCAUCUAAUUUAAUUCAUGUGUGCUGGGCUGGUCCAGAAAGUAUCGUCAUGGCAACAGAAGAAUCUUGUCUACAUGUCCUUGACAUUGCACGUAAAACUCCAAUGUCACCUGUAGAGAAUAAUAAAGAUGAUUUUGUGCAUGUGAAGAAUGUGACUAUGAAGAGCAAAAAUUCUCCUAUUUCUAAAUGGAAAUUAUCAGGGAUAUUUAGUGCCGCUUUGAUGGAGCCUAAACAAGCAUUUUUAUUCAAAUACAGUCUUCAGUGUAACAUACAGCCAACCAAUGAUGCUAUAGAACACCAUUUAAGCCAAAUUGACAGAGCAACAUUGAAGUAUAUACAAGAUGGAAGUACUUCUACAGCAGAAAGAUGUUACCAGGUUGCUAGAUUAUUUGGAGAUAAAUUUGACAUGGAAUUCUGGACAAUGGUACAAUAUGCCAGUCAGGGUGCUAAAGCAGAUAAAAUAAAACUGAAAGACAUAAGAAAACCUCUAGAUUUGAUGGAAAUAUGUUCAAAUCUUCUAAUGCCAGUACCAGAGACCAAUGACCUUAUCAACCUUGACCUUUCUAGUGACCUUGACAUUAGUAGUUGCAGUGACAACCAGAGGUCAGAUGGUGACAUGGAUAUUAGUUGGUUAAACAGUAUGGAGAGAGAUCAUUCAAAUGUAGGGCUGGUGACAGGUUUAGGAGAAAUGAUGAAGUGUAGUCACUAUAAAGUGUACGAAACUGCCAAACUUGACCUACAUAAUAAGAGACGUUGUGACUAUAGGGUAAAACGUGUGUGUAGUAGUCGUUAUAUAAUGACAGGGAGGGUAGAUAUGGCUGUACAGGUUCUGAUGGAGACAGAUACUGAUAACACAGAAUUCAAGGCAGAUUAUCUUAUGGCAUGUUUAUCAUCCUGUACAACUCAGCAUACAGGGACAUCACUAAGUACAGUGAAAUUGGCCGCAACCCAUUUGAUAGUUGCUGGACAACUCUCAGAUGGUGUGGACUUACUAUGUUUGAUUGGGAAGCACCUAGAUGCUUGUAAAUAUUUGAUUUCUUAUGGCAAAUGGCAGGAGGCAGUUUGGUUAGCAAAGACAAAUUUAAAUGAGAAGGAAUGUCUUGAUAUUAUAUAUAAAUGGGCAGAUCACUUGUGGAACAAAAGUCAGAGGAUUAAAGCUAUGUUACUGAUGUUAUCCCACAACCAGUUUGCUACAGUUCUACACAUGUUGUGUUCUCACAGACAGUUUGAUACUGCUGCUUUAUUCCUCCAGUCUUGUUUAGAACAAGGCCUACUUGAGAAAUCUGAAUAUACAGAUUCUGUGUUUGUCGAGUUUUCUAAAUUACUGACUGUAACAGAAUACAACUCUGCCGUGAAACAUUACUGUCAACUUGCUGGAGAAAAGGGAGACAAUUUCAUCGCAGAUCUUGACAAGAAAUGACAAGAUUUACUUGCCCUUGAAGAAAAUUGAACUCUUGAGACAUGAAAGUGCUAAUUAAUAAAACUUUUCAAAUGGAAAAUUAAAUACAAUUGAAUCUUUUUUCAUUCAAUGAUACAGUCAUGUAAUAGACAUUUUUACUCAUUUUAAAUAAUUUUGUUUUAUUGGUUGUGGUUUAAUUUAUUCUUAAUUAGCAGUAAGGGUGGAUUCUGCCUAUUCAAAACUUUGCCAUGAUAAAACACAGCCAUUUUUUGUUUUAAAAGGAAGACAACUUGUAACUUAAAUGUGCAUCAUUCUUGUUACAGUUAUCUCCCUUGGUUUGUUUUGAAUAAAAAAUGAUUUUGGAAAAUCUCAUGUGCAUUAUCCUUAUAGAAAAAAUAUUAUACAUAUUCAAACAGCA